UCCAGUCCCAGUCCCAGGAUAACUCCACAGCCACACCAACUAGCAACCAGAACUCUUCCAUUCAAAAGCCUACUACUAUGGCCACCAUGGCCCCAACAUCCAGUAGUUCAACGACCGUCUCAGUACCAGUCCUGGAAAGUGGCACCAAAGCAUCCACAACCCCCAAAAUGACGUCAGCUGCAGCUCAGCAGAAUUUCACAACACUGUCCUCCAGCCUGGGUAAGAAACCCACUGGGGACAGCCCCACCACCGCCAGUGGCACCGAGGUCAACAGCUCUACGCAUCCAGCGUCCUCUGUGGCCUCAACCAGCCCUGCAACCACAGGCCCCCAGAGUGGAGACAAAGCAUCAACUCUCUCUGGAGACCAGAGUAAUGGUCCUGUGGCCACUAAGCCCAUGACCACUCAGGGAGGAGACCAGCUGACCACACAGGCUGCAACCUCUGCUCCUCAUGUGUUCAUCACAACAAGCCCUCAUCCAUCGACUAAUGUCACUUCAGAGGCCCCAGAGAGCCCUCCUGAGGGACAAUCAGGCUCAGUCAUGGAGACUACAAGCUCAAGUCCAAGAUCCAGCCUUGACCUCACCCCCACAAUGCAAGAGAUGUUCACCUCACAUACACUGCCAGGCACCUCUCAAGGGCCUCAGCAGCCCUUCAGCCAGAUGCCACCCAGCCCAGAACCAUCUAUCUCUGUGGCACUGCAGCCCACCAGCUCUGCAGCAAGAACUCAGGCCACACCUGCUUUCUGGGAGCCCACAGGGCUCAACACUAAGUUGGCUCCAACCGCUCCCCAAGGCUUCAGUACCCCCUCUCCCACGUGGACUGUUGGGAAGAACAAGGUAAAAUGUGAUCCUGCUGUAAAGCCAAGUGAUGACUUGCUCAUUCUGAACUUCACGACGGCCAGCUUCUGCGCAGGGAGUCCUCCAGAUGACAAGCUCGUCUCUCUGCUCUGCCAGUCAGUCAAAGCCAACUUCAAUCCGGCUCAAGAUGAGUGCACUAUAACGCUGGCAUGUGUUCUAGAAAGCCAGGCUGUGGCAGUGAAAGGAAUAACUAUUGAAACAAAACUGCUUCCCAAGGAUGUGUAUGAACGGCUGAGGGACAAGUGGGAUGUCCUAAAGGAGGCGGGAGUCAGUGACAUGCAGCUGGGAAAUGACAGCCCCAUAGAUGAUGAGGAUCACCUCAGCAUACCCCUCAUCAUCACCAUUGUCUGCAUGGCCUGCUUCUUGCUGCUUGUUGCAGCCCUCUAUGGCUGCUGCCACCAGCGCCUUUCCCAGAGGAAGGACCAGCAACGACUGACAGAGGAGCUGCAGACAGUGGAGAAUGGCUACCAUGACAACCCAACCCUGGAAGUGAUGGAGACUACUUCAGAGAUGCAAGAGAAGAAGGUAGUCAACCUUAAUGGGGAGCUGGGAGACAGCUGGAUCGUGCCCCUGGACAACCUGACUAAGGAUGACUUCGAUGAGGAAGAAGAUACACACCUCUAACUGGGUCUGCUGACCACCUCCCAACAGCAUCAGAGCUCGAUUGACCACCUGAAGUGCCAUUUGGACCGAGGAGGAAAAUUCCUCUCUAUUAGAGAAGGGAAAGACGGAGAGAGUGGGGACUCUGAGGAUUACCAUUUCCUAAUCCCCCAGGGCCUUAAUUUUUUCCUUUUCAAGCAAACAAAUCACAUUAUGUCUAGAUUCCACUUAUAAAACAAUCCUGUAGUGCCUGAGUUCAGAGCUGCUGGAACGUGACUAAGAGAAAGAGGAGAAAGCCAUGUAAGGGAGUUUAGAGGUCCUCUAUAGAAUCCUUUCAUUUUGUGGGUGAGAUGACUAAGGCCGAAAAGACUUGCCAAGUAACUUGCAUAGGGUCACUUGGUGGCAAAUAGUUCUCCCUUUGGUCUAGUGCUUGUUUGUAUCAUGCCACAUUGCUGUGUUCACCCAGGCCUCUCCCAGGCAGGGGAUGAUACUCCAAGGGGUGGGAAGGACAACGCGUCUGUAUCCUGUCUUGUGGGAUCUGAUUGUUCAAAGGAUACUGCUUGAAUUUCCAUGUCCAACCCCAGACUUGUCUUCUAGUGUCCCUUCUACCUUCCACUCCCCACAUCUUUACUUACCUUGCUUUACUCACUGUAUCUCAGAGUCCCUGCAAUUAGCCCCCCCACCCCCCACCCCGUUUCUGGAUUUUGUUUGGUUCUGAUUUUCCUGUAUUUGCCUAAUGAGAUUGAGACUUACCUCACACCCUGUGAAAGGUCUGCUUAAGGGAUGGGAAGGUGAGAAGGGGCUGCUUCUCAUCCCAGGUUAAACAGCUCAUAGCAGCCAAGUUGAGACUCAGCACUAACACUAGCCUAUUCCAAGGCAAUUCUUGAAGAUAUUCUCCAAUAUCUCCUACCAGGGACUUAAAAUCUAUAGCAACUACUGAAAACAAGAUGCCUUUUUUUUAAAAUUCACUGCUUGUUGAUGGGGUAAAUCCAUGAGGAAGGCCUGGUGUCAAAGAGCAAGUCUAGAGAACAGAUCUAUCCCAGGGCCUUGAUCAGCAAAUGCAUCUCAAUAGACAAUCCAUUGAAACAGCUACAAGUUGGGCAUUAUUGUUUCACAGGGAAUCAGGGACUUUUCAAGUUGCUGAGUAUUGUUUAAUUCAGCUUUCCACUGCCAAAGCUUGAACAAUGGAGACUAAUCUCACUAAUUUGGCUUCUCCUGCCAAAGAGAAAGGAAGGUUCAGAACACACAGUGCAGUGCAUCUUAUUAACAUGACAGUUUCCCAUUCUUUGGGCCUACAGCUAGGCUUUGCUCUUCUCUGUUCUUGGUGGGGCCACUAUAAUUUUCCCUAGCUCCUGGUGGCAUCUCAGGGAAACACAAAGCCAUUUCAGUAUCUCAGCACAGUGUUGUUAAGCUGAGCAGUCAGCUGCCUUGUAGGUUCCUGCAGACUAGACAUAGGGAAGUUUCAUCUAGUUCCCUGUAUGAAAAUUUCAACUUGUGACAUAUCUAUCGCUCCAGGGUGUAAAUUCCUUGGAACCAGCUCUGGACUUUGGGGCAGCUUACUUAAAUAAACAGUGGAGUUCACAGGGGCCUGGUCCCUUUUUUAUAGCAGUAACUGCUCUAAUGCUCCAGGAGAUAAUAAGGAAGCCCCAGAGUCUCCCAAGAGUUGAGAGAUGCUAAGUACGGCAAACCAGGGUCUAAACACGUGCCCUGCUUCUCUUAGGAGGUAGAAAUGGGUUAGGAUAGAAAGCAGUGCUAGUUUUGGGGUCAAUAGAGAUCUUGUUACUCUGGAAAGAGAUCUGCUUCCUUCCUUGUUGCCCAGCAUUUGGUUCUGUCCCUAUUUCUGUCACAGUGGACUUGGGUGGUUCUGAAUUAUAAUCACCAGCAGUUUGACAGUGAAAACUUUUCCCUCAAACUGGUGAAAGGCUGUAACUGACAUGCUUCAGAUAAAAGCCCAAUGUCAGCAGGAGGGAGCAGAAAUGCUAUCUGGUAAAGAGGAAUGACCAUGGCGGAGCCCACAGAGAGCCUGAGGAAGCUUGAGGAUGACCUAAAGUUCCUUACUUAAGUCUAAUUUGUGUUGCUUUUUUUGAGCGCGAUUUUAGAAUUAGCUACCUGGCCUUGGCUUGCUGUCACUUAAAUAUCAUGGGUCAUACCAGCAACAUACCAUCGAUAGGUCAUAGCAGUAGCAUCUCUGAGUCUUCUUUCUUCACCUUCACUGGGUUUUCGGUGCUCUGAUAAUCUGGACCAAGAAGAGGUAAGAGGAACAGGGCCUCAUCAAGACUUUACAAUCAGUUGUACCAAAGAAAUUAGCGCUGUUACAGUGGCAAACUGGUUUCCUCAAAGCUGCAAAAAGCACAGGCUUGAGUAGUUUGGUGGGACUACACAGAAGGCAUCACGCUCUUGGGAGAAUCCUGCCAGCACUGAGCAUUCCUGCUUACAAAGGAGGUACAGACUAGAGUCUGCUUCAAUCUAGGUAUUUCUGGGGUUUUUUUCCCUUCUAAAGAAAGCUUGAGCUUUAUCACUGGGGGUGGGGAGAAUACACUAAAAACUUGGAAGAACAAGUUUAAACACAUACUCGUAUUUUAUGACAAUGUAAAUAUUACAGCCACAUAUUAAUUUUCCCCUCACUGCUUAAAGUGAAUACUUUGAAAAACAGGUUAGUUAAAAGAGCUAUUUUCCCCCUCUGAACAAGGAUGUAAAUGUCUAUUACUAGAACUGACAGUUUUUUUUUAAUGAAAAAAAUUACAACUGGUGAUAAAUAUGUAUGUAUCUUAUAUAUAGGGCUUUAAUUUUAAAAGUCCCAGUACCACUGUAGUGAGGGCUAGAGUCAGUUGCUUAGGCUGGAGUAAUUCUGUUAUCCACAAAGGUAGCAAAUUGUUUGAAAUCAUACAGGCAGUGACAGAAACGAUGUUAAAACCUGAGUCCAUGAACUUAAUGUCCUCUGAAGGUCUGCUACUCAAGGCACCAGAAAUUGGUAUCAUUCCUUCCCCCAAAUUCUUGGCAAGAUGGGGGAGAGGAUGAAGGCAAAAAUGGUAAUGCUACUGGUCCUUUACAUUUCCUCGGGGCAUUUGGAUCUUCCUGCCCAGACAGCUGAACUGAGCUUGCAUUUAGCAGAGCCACGGAUCAAAGGGAACAAGAUAGGAAACGGCAGAGAAGACAAGCAAAACCAGGGUGCAACUUGUUGCUGCCACUAGGUGAGUCCCUCAGGUCUACUGAAAACCCAGCAUUGGGGAAGAGAGGGUUCCCAUUUCACAGGGGUUUUCUUGUUACUAGUGAAAUAUUAAGUAGUUUGCCUAGGAGAUGGAGGGAACAAGUGUCUUGGUGGACAGGGGUCUGAAGUACACUGGAAUUUAUAAGAGAGACUUGUUUGUAAAGACUAUAUAAUUGCAUUUUCUUACAAAAUAUAUUUUGGAAAAUUGUACACUGUCAAUUAAAAUGCUUUUGUCUAAGUUC